AUGGCAGGCAAUUAUGCAAAGGCUAGACAUCAGGCUGCUGGUCAUGACGGAAACUACACUGAUGUAAAAGAGACCCUUUUUUUUAAACCAACAACUAGCACUGAGCUCGAGUUCUAUCAAAAUAUUCAGGGUCGAAACUCGAAAAUCACUAACGAUCAAGAUGUCACUUUGGAGUCAUGGAUGCCAAUAUUCCUGGGAAGCUUAACAGUAGGCAUUCCGGAGAACUUCAGUGCCCCUGCUGUUGGCCAGAGCUGUGAUCCUAAUUUGACUAGGAACAUUGAACUACUAGAAUCCAAUCCAGAGUUGGCGUCGAAGGAAAAGCCUGUGAUCGUUCUCGAAAACUUACUACAGGGAUACAAGGCCCCGAACAUCUUGGAUGUAAAACUCGGCAAAAUACUAUAUGAUGACGCGGUUUCAACGGAGAAAAAGCUUCGUUUGCAGAAGGUAAGCGAUGAAACCACUUCUGGCAGCUUAGGCUUACGGAUUUGUGGCAUGAACAUUCAAAACAAUUCUAAGGUACGAUUGCUAAACCAAGGGUACUUUGAACACGAAAGUGGUGGUUACGUUGCGGUCAACAAGUUUUAUGGGCGUUCCUUGAACGAAAAGAAUAUAAUCGAAGGCUUUGAACUAUUCUUGGCUAACGAUGCCUUCAGCGAUCAUCAUAGAGCGGUCCUAUCUGACAUCUUUCUGAAACGUUUGAUUGUGUUUUACAAUACUUUAAUAGAUGAAGAGGUACGAUUAAUUUCCACUAGUCUGUUAUUCAUAUAUGAAGGUGAUACAGCACGCUGGGAAGAAGCCGACAGUACGCAUAGUAUCCUGAAAGAAGACUUUGUUACCAGUUGCAGUGACGAGGAAGAAGGAGAAGGAGAAGGAGAGGUAGAAAACGAUAAACACAAAUGUUUGAGCUCACUUUCACUUAUCGAUUUUGCGCAUUCAAGAACCGUGCCAGGAGAAGGCUUGGACGAAAAUGUCGUUACGGGCGUUGAGUCCUUAAUGAAUAUAUUUGAGGACUUAAACUCUAAAAGGCUCGGGUGA